AUUAGAAAAUCAGAAGCCUAUUAAUGUGCAGCGUUGUCAGGAUUCUUCAUCGAGUUUUAUUAAAGCUCCAUAACUCUUUGAAAGAGCCCGUUGUACAGAUUUUGGAAGAAGAGACAGCUCUUCAUGUUGAGCAGAUGACUGAAGAAUCGCCAACGCCGGACAGUGUAAAAUAAUCCUGAAAGAAGAAAAGCCUGUUACCGAAGGCACUGUAUGCUGGACACGUAUUACCAGAGAUAAAAUGAAUCCCUGCUGGAGAUGUCACUUAUAUCCCUCAUUUGCUUUAAUGCUGCUGACUUUAAAGUUUCUGAGCACAACUUUUAUCAAAGUAAAUAAUGGGAUCACAGUGAUGAAAGGACAAAGCAGCUACCUAUCAGGAGAAGAUCUACAAUUCUCCAUCCCCAAAGAAAAAGAUGCCUGCAAAGUGGAAGUCAUUGUUAAUGAACCCAUAACACAAAGAGUUGGAAAGCUGUCUCCACAGGUAUUUGACUGUCAUUUCCUGGAUAAAGAAGUAGAGUAUGUUCACAAUGGCUGCCCCAUCUUACAUGAAGAUGAUGUUAUGCUCAGGCUAUACAGGUUUACAGAAAAUGAAACCAUCACUGAAAACUUUAUACUUAGGGUGAAGCUAAUCGAACCAGAUUGUAAUAUUGUAAAGCUGGGACCCAAGAAUAUGGAAGUAACAGAAUUUUAUGGGCUGUCAAACGUUAUUGAUAAGAACAUAUUGUCCUUAGACUAUGAAAAAAGGAUGAAUCUGGAGUGCACUAUUCGAGUGGCCAAUAUGGAAUCUCAUUUGCCAGCUCACGGACAACUGGUCACUGGAGAUCCUGUGAAAGAACAGCCACGGGGAGACCAUCCAUCUAGCUACUUCAGUAGCUCCAACCAGAAGCCGAGUCCAUUGUGCAAGCGUGGAGACUGCAUUCCAGGUCUAAAUAAACUGUCAAAGAUCAUAAAAACCAGCUGUGAGAACUUCCUCCUGAUGGGUAUCAGGUACCAGCACCUAGACCCCCCAUCACCGAGUAUUGAUUAUAUUAGCAUCAGGCUUGAUCUUACUGACACAAGAAGCAGAUCCUUGUACAAGUCAGAACAUGCCUGGAUUCCUGUCCACAUCCGAGAUGCAGUGCCCAACCAGAUCCCAAAAGCUGCCUUCAUGUCAAUGUUCAUUUUGGAAGUGGAUCAGUUCAUCCUUACUCCUCUGACUACAGCAACACUUGAUGCAGUAGACGAUGAAACAAAGAAACCUUUGCUGGUCUUCAACAUCACAGACCCUCCACGAGAGGGAUACAUCACCCAUCUUAGUGACCAUACCAAGCCCAUUACCUCCUUUACAUGGCAAGAUCUCAAUGACAUGCUCAUAGGAUAUCAGCCACCUAACAGUAGUCACACGGAACGAAGAAAUUUGGAGGUGGAGGUUGAAGUUCAUGAUUUCUUUUUUGAAAGGAGUUUGCCUAUCACAGUUCAUAUAUCCAUUAGAACAGCUGACACAAAUGCCCCUCGAGUAUCCUGGAAUAUGGGUCUUGAUCUCUUGGAGGGUCAAUCUCGACCAAUCACAUGGGAACAACUUCAAGUGGUAGAUAAUGAUAAUAUCAAUGCUGUCCGCCUGGUCAUUGUAGAUGGGCUAGAGCAUGGACGCAUUACUGUCAGAGGAGGCAAAGGAUUUAUGUUCACGGUGAAAGACAUUCAGGCUGGUGUGGUCUGCUAUCAUCAUGAUGACAGUGAUACAGCCAAAGACUUUGUCGUUUUCCGAAUAUUUGAUGGGCGCCACAGUAUUCGACACAAGUUUCCAAUUAACAUACUCCCUAAGGAUGAUAGCCCACCUUUCCUAAUUGCAAACACUGUCAUCGAGCUUCCAGAAGGUCAAACUGUUCUCAUACAAGGCUCAAUGCUCUGUGCCUCUGAUAUGGACUCGAGCGAUGAUUACAUACGCUUCAAUAUAACCAAGCAAGCAGCCGCUGGGAGCAUCAUGAAGAAACCAGGACAAAAUGCUUUAGCUUAUCCUGUUACAACUUUCCUGCAAAGAGACUUGUUUAACGGUAUCAUAUAUUACAAGCAUCAUGGAGGAGAAGUCUUUGAAGAUUCUUUUGAAUUUUUUCUGUGUGACAGUCAUACUCCCCCUAACUUCUCUGGUCCCCAGACUGUGAUUAUUCAUAUAACACCAGUGGAUGAUCAGCUUCCCAAGGAAGUUCCUGGAACAGUUCAUCAUGUGCUUGUUAAAGAAACCAAAAUUGUUUACAUUACAAAGAAACAUCUACAUUUCAUAGACACCGAGUCUCCAGAAAGAGAACUUAUUUACACUGUGACUACUCCGCCGUGCUGGAUAUCACCAUCCAGUGGUCUAGAUGCUGGAAAGAUUAUCCUAGUAGAAACUAUUCCCAGGCUUGUAAAGGAUCACGCUGCUGACAUGAUACUGACAUUUACCCAGCAUGCAGUGAGCCACAUGAAAGUUGCGUACAUGCCACCAAUGGAGGAUAUAGGUCCUGAUGCUGUACAUGUCCGAUUUGUAUUAUCAGUCCGUAACCAUCACGGCGGUACAGUGCAUGGCAUCUGCUUCAAUAUUACCUUACUUCCAGUAGACAAUCAGCCUCCUCAGGUAUUUACAUUUGAUAUGAGUGUGGAGGAAGGCGGCUCUCAGCAGAUGACAAUGGAUUAUAUCCGCAUCAUUGACAAGGACACAACACAGGAUCAUCUUGGUAUUAUUCUUCAAAAGGCACCAUUACAUGGCAUGGUUCAGCUGGAUGGAAGAACUGUAAAUGAAGGAGAACAAAUCAGCUACCAAGACCUCAUUAUGCUAAAACUUAGGUACCAGCAUGAUGGUUCUGAAUCCUUGUGGGAUGAAGUUAAAUUUAUUGCUACCGAUGGUAUCAAUUCAGCUGACUUUCUUCUAAAAAUACAGGUUUUCCCUGUAAAUGAUGAACCCCCAAUUAUGAAGGACAAUCUUUUACCCACCAUAUACUGUGCAGAAGGUGAAGGAGUGGUGAUUUCCUCGGAUUACAUCUAUGCUGUUGAUGCAGACAGUGAUGAUAUGAAGCUUACAUUCAUGAUUGCUCGUCAGCCUCGCUGGGGUAUUGUCCUAAGGGCUGGAAUCACUGUAGACCGAUUCUCCCAAAGGGAUAUACUUCAAGGAACUGUUAUCUACAGGCAUACAGGUGGAGAAAUUGGAUUGCAGCCUUGCUUUGACACUAUAACACUUGUUAUUUCUGAUGCUGAAUUGGAUGCGGACAUAAAAUGCUGUUUUAAUACACAUCAUAACCCUUUACUGCCAAACCAUGACUCGUUUCCUGUAUAUGACCUAAACAUCACAGUUUUUCCUGUAGAUAACCAGGCACCAUCUAUUACAAUAGGUGAAAUAUUUUCUGUUGAAGAAGGCAAGUCACGUGCAUUUUCAGUGAGCCACUUGUUUGCCAAUGAUCCUGACACAGACAGUAACAAUUUGAAAUUCAUAUUAGCAUCACCUCCUCAGUAUGGCUACAUUGAAAACGUUCUCCCAUCUCCAGGCUUUGAGAAAAGUAACAUGGGAAUAAGCAUUGAUGCAUUUUUGCUGAAAGAUAUCAUAUCCCUUAAUGUGAAUUAUGUACAGUCAAGACAUCAAAGAAUGGAGCCAACAGCAGACCAGUUUAUGUUUUAUGUCACUGAUGGGAAACAUCGCUCAGUGGAGAAGCCUUUUUACAUUGUAAUCAGUCCAACAAAUGAUGAAGUUCCAGAGUUCAUGGCCAGGAAUAUUACUGUGGAGGAAGGAGAAAUGAUAGAGUUAAAUCCCUCCAUAAUAAAUGUGUCAGACAUGGAUGUGCCCCCAAAUCAGUUACUAUUCAGUGUUGUUCUGCAACCCCAGCAUGGCAUGAUUUUGGAGAACAACUAUGGUACUCACCACAUGAAAGAGUUACUUAAAAGUCUGAAGAGUAAUACACUUCCUAUGGCCAACCAUAGUGACCACAUAUUAAUGUGUACAACUAAUAUGUUUUUUAUUUCAUUAGGUAUGAAGCUAGUGUAUUUGCAUGAUGACUCAGAAAACCUUGCAGACAGUUUCACAAUCCAGCUGUCAGAUGGAAAACAUGAGGUCAAGAGAACGAUCUUUGUCACUGUCAAUGGGAUUAAUGAUGAAAAGCCUGUGCCGACAACGCACUGUGAAGUAGUACUAAGCAUGGGUGAACAUUACAUUAUUUCAAGUGCUGUACUGUCAGCAGAAGAUAAAGAUACGCCGCGAGAGCAAAUUCACUAUGUGAUUGAAAGCAUUCCAGAUCAAGGACAACUUCAAAUGAAGACAAAUAACAUCUGGGGGAACAUACAGGCUGGUAUGAAGUGCACUCAAGAGGACAUUGACAUGAACCUAGUUAGAUAUGUGCACACUGGGAUAGUAGGAUCAAAGAAUCAAGACAGCUUUACUUUUCACUUAUGGGAUGGCAGAAACAGAUCACCACAAAUGCAGUUUCACAUCACAGUCAAAGAUAUGGAGAAGGGAGACAUUGUAGUGUCUUUGAAAAUGCUCCAUGUGUCAAGAGGUGACAGAGCCAUCAUAAGUACUGAUGUGCUCUUUGCUUCUGAUGGCACUGACAAACCAGAAGAGUUGCUCUACGUGCUCUCCUCACCGCCUCAGUACGGCCAGAUUGAAUAUGUCAACCACCCUGGAAUUCCCAUAACAAGCUUCAGUCAGAUGGAUGUGGCUGCUCAGACUGUCUGCUACUUCAACAAUGGCAAAACUGCAGCUGCUGCUGAUAUGUUCAAAUUCCUUGUCAGUAAUGGGCUGCAGACAAAGCAUGGGACCUUGCUCGUUGCUGUGGAGAUGGUUGAUAGGACUCCACCAACAUUAUCCAAAAACUACGGUCUUAAGCAGAUGAAAGGAUCAGUAGCACUGAUCUCUCCUGACAUUCUUCAAACCAUGGAUCCUGACACAGCAGCCGAAAAUAUUACAUAUAUGUUAAAGGAACACCCUCAAUAUGGACAGAUAUAUUUGAGAGGUUCACUUCUGCAAAAAAACAACUUUACCCAAAGAGAUAUUGAUAACAUGCAUGUUGCCUAUAGACACAGAGGCCAAGAUGCUCAGAUUGACAAGUUCACAUUUGUUGUGACAGACAGGUCAAAUCAAGGGUUUCUAAUCGAUGGGAAAGUGCAGUUUGAUCCAGUACCUUUCAUCAUACAAGUGGACUUUCCAGAUGACACCAGUCCCAAAAUAGUCCAUCUUCAGUGUGCUACUAAAGUCCAGCACAUUAGAGAUGGCCAGUAUGGAAUCUACAUUACAUCUAGGGAAUUAAAGGCUAUUGAUCCUGGGACAGAGGAUGAAAACAUUAUCUUCAAGAUAUUAAAUGGACCUCACAAAAGUUACCUGGAAAAUGUAACAUCAGGUGGAAUUAUAAAAGAACAAUUCACUCAAAAAGAUUUAAACUGCAAAUCUAUAUUGUACACCAUAAAUCCCUCACUUGAUGUGUAUGAUGAUGCUAUAGAAUUUGAAGUUUCAGAUCCAGCUGGAAACAAAGCUUUACCACAAAUCUUAAGCCUAAAAUGGUCUCGUAUUGAUUUGCUUCAAGUCAAGUAUGAGGUGUGUGAGACAGAAGCUGUGGUGUAUUUGAAGCUCACAAGGAGAGGUUACCCUGUAGACUCUGCCUUCAUUACAGUGAUGGUGAAUGGAAUAAGUGCUAAGGAUGGGAAAGACUUUUCUACAAGUCCUACUAAACUCAUACAAUUUGAUCCAGGAGUGUCAACCAAGACUUGGAAUAUAGCAAUUACCCAGGAUGGAUUAGAAGAAGACGAUGAGACCUUUGAAGUCAUUCUGAAUUCUCCUGUGAAUGCUGUUCUUGGCACUAAGACAAGAGCUGUAGUGAAAAUUGUGGACCCCAGAGGAGGUAGUUGUCAAAGGAAUGCUCGAGAAGGACUACGAAACUGCACCUCCCAACCAGCACAGAGCGCUUGCAGCAUUGAUCUGGCAGAAGUUCUACUUCCUAAUAUUAAAAAGACAGAUGGGGACAUUAGAGGAGAUGUAUCUGAAGAAGUCAGCCUUGUACAAACUGGAAAGAAGAGACUCCGGGUCUUUGGAAAUGGGAAAUCUGUUAAGCCUUCAUCUGUAUACCACAUAGGCAAUGAUACUAUUUAUCGAUAUCACAGCAUGGUGUCACUUAAAGUAGAAGAAGUAAAGCAAUCAUUUAACUCAACCCAGACAGCUAAGUUAUCAGUAAGGAAUCAGGGCCAGCAGAGAAUGAAAGUUCCUGUACAAAACACAGAACUGCUACAGUCAGACAGGGCCUCCAUAUCUUCUGAUACUGCUAAGCAGGAAAAAAGUAUGACCUUUCCUAAGAAAUGUACUCCAGACUUAAAAGGACUCUUGCAUUUUGAUGAUAAGAGCCAAAAUCUUUACAAGUGCAAUGGCAUAUCAUGGAACACAUGGGAAGCUAAAGUCAAGGCAACAAAAUGUCCAUUUGGCUGGACUCCACAUGACAGCAGCUGCUACAAACACAUCACUGAGCAGAAGGCCACAUGGAUCACCGCAGCCCGGAUAUGUCAGGAACAGUACCGUGCAACACUUGUAGAUAUCUUCAGUAAAGAACAGAUGGAUUGGCUGUGGAACUUCAGUGGCAGAAAGUCAUUUUGGAUAGGCUUAACUAACCGAGUCAACAGUGACAACUGGGAAUGGAGCAAAGGAGAGAAGACCACCUUCACUAACUGGAAAAGAAGAUCACCCCGCCGGACAAGGAAAGGGAAAAAUUGUGUUUCUGUGCAAAAGAAAGGCAAAUGGCAUGUGAAAAACUGCCAGAAGUCUAAUCAUUAUAUCUGCUCAAAAAGAGUGUAGUACUUAAUGUUAUUAGGUAAUGUACAAUUUUUAGAAAUAUUUAUUAUUCUAAUUUUUGAGUAAGUUCAACCAAUUGUAUUU